ACUCUCAUUAUAUUUUCUUACGAAAUUGUUGUCAAAACUCUAUUGUGUUCUUCCUACCCCUGAACUGUUGCAUCCUUUAUGGACUUCUACAUCAAGUUUUCAAGACCGAGAUCAAGUAAUGUAUGGGUUUUGGUGAUUUGGAUUUUUGAGUGUGUUUUCUUCUACUCUCAUCCUUUCUAAUUUAGAUCUAAGUCUUUUGAAGGAAGGUAGGUUUAGAAGUGAGAGUGACGGUGAGUGUGAGUUAGAAUUUCUAAAAAUUUGAUUUUAUUUUCUUCUUCCCCCCUCUGUAUUCCAUGCAGUGAAAGUUACAAACUUUGAAGAGAUGUCUUCUGAAGAAACGGUGAGCGUUGGGGGAAGUGAGGAAGUGAGGGCGUUGGAAUAUGGGGAUGUGAGUAUGACCAGUGAGUCGUUUGACUCGGAGAGGACGAAGGAGGGGGUGGGGAGAAGUGAGCUAGUUGGGGUAGAAGGAGAUAGGAUACCCAUUACUAUAGUAGAAGUGGAGGGUAGGAGGGAAAGAUGUUAUGAUGUAGAUGCAGAUAUUGUAGCUGAGGUGAAGCAGUAUGAGUCUGAGCUCGGGACCAAGGAUAGCCUAGGUUAUUUAGUGGAAAGUUAUGAAAUUUCUUCUCGAGUUCUGAUUAGGCCUAUUGGGGUAGAGGAAGGGGCCUGUUCUGCACCUUGGGAUCAUUGGAUGCCUGUGUAUGCCCAUUAUUUGGCAGCUGGGCUUAGGUUUCCAAUGCUUGAGUUGUUUGUGGAUGACACUGAGUGGGAAAGGAGGGAUGCUGAGGUAGAAUUGUUGUCAUCUUGGAAAGCUAAGAAAGCCAACCAAAAUAAGUAUAGUUUAAAUGAGGAUGAAGAAGAAGAGGUGGGGAAGCUAGUGAAGGAGGGGGGUAAGUUAGCUAAUAUAAUGUACCUCACCAGUGCAGAAUGUAUAGAGGCUGUUGAGCUCUAUGGGCCAAGCACUUUGAGUGAAGGUGUGUUUAGAUUUUAUAUUGUAGUGUUUAAUGUAGAGCAUAGAGUUGUGUGGUUGACACUUUGUUUUAAUUAUUUUGCAACUAAAAUGGAUAAGUUCUUGAAUGCUGCUGGGGGGGUGGCUAUUCCCAAGAAGCCGAGGGAGAAGUCAAAGACUUCAACCAAGGAAGCGGGGGAGGGAAGAGCUGGGAAGGAGUUAGUGCCCAGCACCUCAGCUGGAGUGGAAGAGGUGGUGCCAAGGUUGGAGCUGAAAAGGAAAGGCAGUGAGAAGGUGGGAGCACUGCAAAGGAAGAAAAAGGUGGUGGAGGAGGAGGUGAGGGGGAGCAAGGUUCUACAGUUCGUACCUCAACCUCCUCCUGUUGAGCUCGAUCCUGAGCUCAGGGAGUCUGAGGCUGAGGGGCCUGAGGCACGGGCUCCUGGUAAAAGGAAGGGCCUCGUUCGUCCAUUGUCCUUUCAAAGCAGUUUGUUUGAGGCGAAGAACGCGACGGGGGCAAGGAGGUUUAUCAAUGCAACCUUCCCCGAAAGUGCGUGCUGGGUGAAUGGUCUAACCCAGGAGUUCAUGGAGAGUGUGAAGGAUCUCUCCCUCUUGCAAAGGCAGUGUUACCAGCUGCAGAAGGAGAAGGAAGAGCUAAAAAAGAAAAAUAAAGACAUGCAAGAGGCACUAGACGAGGUGGAGAAAGAAAUAAAAGCAAUGAAGGAAGCUGUGGUGGAACUGAAGAAGAAUGUGCAGCUACUAGUACACAAUAGGAUGGAGGAACACAUCAGCAACUUCAUCAACUCCAGCUCGUUUGACAACAUCGUCAACCUCUACCGGCUGCCCACUAUUAUUCUUGCCUUCACUGACUGCAGAAAGAAGGUGAAAGCUGAAUAUCCUGAAGUGGAUAUUAUGAAGAUCACCUUCGGCGAACAAGAGCAAGGAGUAGAGGAAAAUGGACGUACCAUUUUCCCUCCAAAUGUUGACUUCGAGUUCGUGUCAAUGGAGGAAGAAGAGGCAAAGGUAGAGGAGACUGAAGUAGGAGCGGGAGGAGCUGAAGUGGAUGAAAGUCAGCCAUCUCUGCAAGUGGAAGUCCAUCUAGUUCCUUCUGAUGAUGAACAGCCACCUCUUCCAGCCGAGUAACAGCCAACUCAGCCACCUCCUCUAACAAAGGAAUAAAAAAUUCUUGUUUUUUGAUUUUUCUUUUCUAAUAUCGUUGGAACAAUUGAAUAAAUUGUAAUUUUAUUA